AUGUGAUGACGCGCUCCCCCGGUACCCGAGCGUCUUUCAGUGCAGUCGCGUGCACAAUAACUGCUGUCGACUUGCACAUAAAUCAAUUACGUUCUUAAUAUCACCACUGAAACACUUCAUAGGUUUCUGGAAAGUUAGUGAGAAAAGACUAACUUUCCAAAAAUUCUGUAAGGUUAGCCUGAAAAACCGGAAUGUUAUGUGCGCUGGCUCUGUGGAACUAACGUUGAGCAAUUGAUCGCGACCAACUUAUUAACGUUUACUUCCAUGUUGGUCUUUUGUGUUUCAGAACUUUUCCUGAUUCUUUUAUAAGAAACCGUGUUAAUUCAAGUCACUAUAUUUAUUAUAAUUUAUAGAAUAAACCUAUUAAAUUUUAGUUGAUGAGUUGAAAGGUUCCUGAAAAAUCAGUCGCAAAGAUGAACAUGAAAACCUGCAGUCGCGUCUUGGCGAUGGUUGUUCCCCCAGUCUGCAGAACCGCAUUGCCUUCUUCGGCUUUACAAUCCAUGUACGGCUUCACCAACUCAGCCCUGGGAGCUCAACUGUUACGUCACUUCUCGUCUCUCCGCUUCAACAGAAACCUCGAGUUCUUCACACCAGCAGAAAAACCCAUCGUCACACCCGAUGUCAAGGGAUCGUUUCGAAUUGAGCAGAGCAGCCCUGGCCGACCGCUGACAGUGUUACUGAGCUGGCUGAUGAGCAGAGACAGUCACGUGAAGAAGUUCGUGAAAUUCUACACUGACCUUGGCUUUGACGUCUUGAAGAUAAGAAUAUCACCGUUUGACCUCAUCAGACCUGUCAGAGGCACCCAGGUGGUGAUGAGUCAGACGCUGCAGUUUCUAGAAGCGAACCCGUCGCACAGCCCGGUGUUGGUGCACGGCUUCAGCGUGGGGGCUUAUGUCUUCGGUGAAGGUAUGGUCAUGAUGGCCAACGAUGAGGAGCGGUACAGUCCUGUGAUGGAGCGUUUCGCGGGACAAAUUUGGGACAGUCCCGUGGACUUGGAGGGCAUCCCCUACGGCGUCGCUAAAGCCGUCACCGCAAACAAGCUUCUGCAGAGUUCCAUUCAGUCGUAUUUAGAAUGGUUCCUACGUGCCCAAUACGACAAUGCAACGGUUCAUUAUAUGCGGUCAAAGCAGAAGUUCCACGAGUGCUACGUGCGGCGCCCUGCACUCUUCUUGCUCUCGAAGGCCGACCCCGUCGCCACCAUCGAGAUGAAUGCCGUCGUCUACGAGAAAUGGGAGAAAUACAAUGUCCCUGUUUUCGUGAAGAUAUUCGAGAAGUCGCCGCACGUGAGCCACUAUUACCGCUACAAGGAAGCCUAUGUAGAGGAGGUGCUGACCUUCUUGCAGAAACUUGGUCUAACCGAGGAGGGCAAGAAGCGGCAAGUUGCGUGAGGAACUUAGCAUCUCGUGCAAGCACACGUGACUAACGCAUUUGCAGCUAGUUGAUGAGAUGCAGGAUGUUUGAUUCUGCUACCUACGACAAAUGUAUCAACUUGUACUUAUCCGGCCCAUUCAUGUUGAAUGUUUCUCAAGAAGCUACGAGAAUGUAGGCGAAUUAAAGACAGUGGCUCAGAAGGCAGCUGAAGUGCUCCUGCUGAUCAGUCUUUGGGUUAUCACAUAUUUGCAUCAUUAGGAGCGAAAAGAUUGAAAUGAAUAUAUACAUGUAGAGAAAACCAACCAUAUACUUAUGAACUUAUGGUGUACAUUAAAAGAAGUCUCAUUUGUGAACCGCACGAUUUGAGUCACUGCGGUCGGAUGGAAAUUAGCGACUAAGGUCUCACAUAAGAUAGGAGAUGAUGAAAAGCCAGCACAUUCUUGCUUCUUGUCUCGCAUGGCAACUUGCCAACCAAUCCGAACUUCGACUCGAAGCUUGACACCAGCUGCCCCAAGACCAGCUGCCACCUCAUGUCGACCAGCUGGUGUCAAGACCAGCUGCCACCUCAUGUGUUGACACCAGCUGCCACCUCAUGUCGAGACAAGCGCCCUUCUCUUGUCUGUCUAAUGAGACUUUGCGUGUAAGCAGUACCUUGCGAGUGCCCUCUACCACUAGACCGACCAUGCUUCUGUAAUAUUUACCUGUGCCCCUCGUACACGGUCAUACCAAAAGCCACAUUUCAGUCCUAGUUUGAUCAAUUCAUUGCCCCUCGUGUAGUGACAGGCUCUUACGAAGUAGCCAAGCGAUCUCUCCGCCAGAAAAUAUCCAUCCGCACAGUGAAGACUGCCGAGCACAACUGGGUCCUGUUGCAUAAACCAGCAUCAAAAUCUGGCCAAGAUGCACCAUCAAUGGUGAGAGCCGUCUUUCCAUGCCGUCAUCGGUUGUUCUGAUCUAUGAAUUAUGAACGAGUAAGCAAAAAGAACCCUAUAGCAAAACUAACUUCGUAAAUUGUAUUUGUUGGGAUUAUUAUGUGGGCUUGUUGCUUACUUUUAUGCUUAAUUUCAGCAGUUUAUGUGGAGUCAUAAAUGGCUCACAGGCGUUGCAAUUUAUGUAGUCUGUAGAAACGAAGAUGGCGAUACGUGCUUUAAUUUGUACAUAAGUUAGGUUGUGAUCUGCCAGAAUUAGAUACGUUCUUGCGCUAUUGUAUAUGAGAUUUUUCACUAUAAUUCUUUCUAAUAUAAGUUUUUACUUUCAAGUCCUGCACUGACGAUCUUUGCGAAGAUUUUUUUUAUUCAUUGAUGUAUUUUUGGGGGAUCUUUCUCUUUAUCGCCAAAUUAACUUGGGUAACUAAUUGUAUACCUAAAGAUAAUUACUAAAACUAGCCUCGAUGAUACCAAUUUCUAAUUUCCCAUUGCAAAGGGGUUAAAUCUUUAAAUAGUUUAAGUAGAUUAUUGGGGAAUUCUUUAUAUUUUUUCAUCUAUCGUGUCCGCUGCAUAAAGAUCUAUGAAUCUCAGGGUUAACUGGUAAUAUCCCCUUAAAUUAUGAUGCGGAUGCUCGAUAAUUCGUAAGGUAAAUCUUAUUUUGACUACGCCACUAAACUAACUAACUAACUGGUGGACAUAAAAACCUAAAAUAAUAAAGCGUUUAAAGCUCAUUUGUCAACUAGAUUUGCAACAUUUCUACGAUAUGAUGGAAAUAAAUAUGGACGAGUGUCCGAUAAGUACCUAUCUAGCAUCAAUUUAAAAUAAGGGUACAAAUGUGAAUUUUCCUAUUCCAAUUUUCAGUCAGCUCUUCAACAAUCUUACGGGCCGUAUAUAUAUUUUCUUUUAGAUAUAUAGGUACCGUAAUAGAAUCUACUCCAGAAUGAGUCUGUUGAUAAAUUUGGAAGGUCAAUAUCUCACUGCCAAAUAUACUUUAAACCAUAGGUGU